AUGUUGGCUCCAGAGGUUCUCCCGUCCGAGAUAAGACAUGCUAUCAUGUCGGUAAGAAUUCGUAUGGCACCCGGUACCGAGAGAAUAGGACCAGAACACCUGAAAAACCCUCCGUCAGUACUCAUCAACAGCCUGGCGAGGCUCUUUACACGUUAUCUGUCGGAAUGCAAGGUUCCUAAACAGUGGAAGACCAGCAAUACCGUGUUGUUGUAUAAAAUGGGAGAUCCACAUGACAUCGGCAACUAUCAACCAAUCUGCUUACUGUCCGUCAUCUACAAGCUCUUUACAAAAGUGAUCCUUAGUAGGAUUGAAAAAGUCUUGGAUGAAGGACAGCCAUGCGAGCAAGCAGGGUUUCGAAAAGGAUUCAGGGCGAUUGACCAUAUUCACACUGUUUCGAAACUCAUCGAGGUAUCACGAGAGUACAAGAUGCCGCUCUGUCUCAUCUUCAUCGACUUAAAGAAGGCCUUCGACUCAGUUGAGACGGAAGCGGUCGUGGAAGCCUUGGACAACCAAGGCGUUCCUACUCAGUACAUAAAGGUACUUCGAGAGUUAUACAGAAACUUCACGACCGGAAUUUCGCCAUUCUACAAGAACAUCAUCAUUGAUGUGAAGAGGGGGGUCCGACAGGGUGAUACAAUUUCACCCAAAAUAUUCACAGCCACCCUCGAGAACGCAAUGCGAAAGUUGGAAUGGGACGACAUGGGAGUGAAAGUUGAUGGUCGGCAGCUACACCAUUUGCGCUUUGCUGAUGACAUCGUACUGAUAACAUCCAAUAUCAGCCAAGCGGAACGAAUGCUGACCGAAUUCGACGAAACAUGUGGAUGCAUUGGUCUUCAGCUGAAUCUGCAAAAGACGAUGUUCGUGCGCAACGGAUCUGUCUCGGAUGCCCCAUUCACGCUCAACGGAACGAACAUAUCCGAAUGCACCAGCUACGUUUAUCUAGGUCGGGAAUUGAACAUGAUGAAUGACCUGACCCUCCAGCUGGGUAGGAGGAGAAGAGCGGCUUGGGGAGCGUACAAGAGCAUCAAGGAUGUAGUGAAGAAAACUAGGAACACCUGA